UUUAAGUGACUGUGUGGGGGGUGCGUUUGUGUGUAGUAGAUAGAAACAUUUUUGUGGUGCUGUUUUGUUUGUUAGCAAUUAACUUGUUGGACAUGUCCUAUUUGUCGAGUUUUAAUAAUGAAAGCGCCAAGCAAAUACUAAUGGAUAUCAUACGUACGGUGAAUCAGCCCGAUAACUCCAAGAAACUAUCCGAAGCUAAAGCAUCAGCUGGCAAAGAGAUGAUUUUAAUGAUGCAGCAUGUUUUCCCCUUGGUCAUGCAGCUGCAGUUGGAGGUGAUCAAGUUGCAUGGAUUUCCUGGGAAUCGCGAGGGUCUCGUGCAGUUCUCGCAGCUAAUACGCGAAAUGGAACGCGAUGAUAUGGAAAUAGCACGUCUACGCAGCCAAAUACGUGCAAUAUACUUGCCUCCCAUAGCCAUCAACACUACCAACGAUAUACUCAUCUAAAAAAAGAGUUCCUUGAUUCAUAUUCUGUGGAAUUCCCCAAGACAAAAUGAGACUGCAAUAGUUAAUAAGUGUGUGUGUUUUUCUUGUAUUUUCGAGCUAACAAAUAAAGCAGAGAGAAACAUUCAUCAACAUGGAGUUGAACUCGGCUUAAGUAACAUGGCAUAUCUUUUAAGUAAACAAUAAAAGGAAUAAGAAAUAAA